ACGCCUGUGACUUUGACGAUUGUAUCUGUGACAGUGAUUCUUGUUCUCAUCUGUGUCAUCAUGGUAUUCAUUUGUAUUCGUAAACGCAAAAGAUCUCGACAGCAAGGGAACAGGAGUUCUCCCAUUGCUUCGGCAAGCUUCAUCACGACUCCCCGUAUGUGCACAGACUUGUUACCUGCAAAUUCACCAACAAGCUCUGGUAACCAACAAGUAGAAGAUGUAUACCAUGAAUAUGAAAGGGUGUGCGUUUGCGGGCAGGACUCGUCGAAGUCGAGCACCCGUGCGAACCAAGGAACGAGUCAGGGAAUCUCCUUGACCAAGACGAAGUCGACGUCGGAAAACGAUCAGUCGCAUGUUUAUGAGAAUCCGUCCUUCGAUGAUAAGGAAUAUACUGAUCUUGAUUUCUCUCAAGUCAAGAAGGGCGGUGAUCCGACGAAGCCGACGUCCUCCGGUAAGGAAUAUACUGACCUUGAUUUCUCCAAGAUCGAGAAGGGUGGUGAUCCAACGAAGUCCUUUGACGGUAAGGAAGAUGUUGAUCCGGCCUAUGAAGUUUGUAUCAUAUAGAAUGUCAAUAAAAUAGAUUUUUCUGAAGUCUUUUACAAAAAUCGAAUUACAUCAAGAUAUACACUUGAAAUAUUUAUUGAAGACAGCCAUGGAGAUUAUCAUAACAACGAGAAUCACCUUAUGAAAUCAUUAUUUUUUUGCGUUAAAGAUUUAUUAAAAGUAUCUAUAAUGUUGGAGCACCAUCAAACCCGUUGAUUGGAAACAUAAUUCUCAUAAACAAAAUCACGUUAGCCUUUUGUUGUAAUACCUCAAAGACGUGUUUAAUGGAAGAUUCCAACUAGAGGGUAUUUUAUUCAAUAACCAGGGUGAACGAGACGAGUCAGUACAAUCCCUUUCUUUUGUAUCCUUUCAUUAAACGAAAUAGUUAUAAGAUAAAACAAGCUACUUGGUUAUAACUGAUACUGGAUUCUGAAAUCAUUAUCUUCAUGACUGGACCAUGAGUGACUAAUGGAUAUAGGAGUAAGUUUAUUUGUGGUUAUGAACUCAUACGAAUAAUAAGCGCAUGGCUUGCUUUAGUUUUCUCUAAUGACGAAGUGACUCUUUUAUGAAUAAUCCAGGGAAUAAUCCUUCUUGUUAGCGCUAAGUCGCUUUCUUUUUGUAUAUUAAUACCUAGUGUUGUUGAUCCUUUAUUUUUAUCGAGAGAUUAUUUAAUGAAAUGGUCGUGAGGAAUGGUGCCACAUUCCUGUAAUUGUUGACAACUCCUGAAAAGGGUCUGUGGCCCUGAGAUUUAGCACAUAUACGAUUAUACGUAGACAUUUUUUUUCUCCCUUUUGUAGUAGUAACUGCAGUUUUGGUCUGUGAUUGAAUUUCAAAGUGAAAGGUUUGAGAGGGCAAUUUAUAUUCAAGUGAUAUAUGCAUGUUUGUACUUAAAACAAUCUCUUUUAAUGAUUUUAUAUUUUGAUUCGUUUGACUUCGUCAUGAUUUCGUACUCUCUUUUGUUUUCAAAUUGGUAUUAAAUGUGUUGAUGGAUGAGCAAAUAAAAUGAUGGGAUUUCUAUUUUUAGGUGGAUGAUAUCCAAUAAUUGCUGUUUGUUACAAUUUACAAUUUACGAAUUGCAAAUUUACUUUGUUUUGACAUGUAUAUAUUCAUAUAUUGUUCAAACACAGAGGGAAACACAAACAAUAGUACAGGUUACAGGUUUUAAUUUAAAGAACAAGUACAGGACAACAUAAACUAUACAAUGAAGACAAAUUACAUAACAUACAACACUGAAACAUAAAAUGUGCAUAACAAGUUUUUGUGUAACAAAUUGGAAAAUCAUUACUAUAAUGAUGAUGAUGAUGAUGAUGAUGAU